AUGGCAGCGGCAAGGCGGCGAGGUGUCAUGAAAAAGGAUGACCUUCUGGAAGCCAUGGAGGAGGCUGCCACCGAUGUGCCCGACUCGCCUCAGCGUCCAGAGCUGCCUGGAGCCCUGAGUGCCGUAGCGGCAGCCGCUGAGGCUGAGGGAGCCUUGGGUGCGCAGGCUGCCGCAAAGCCUGAGGCAGGGCCAACCACACAGCCAGCGGCCCCGAAGAAGCAAGGCAUUCCCUACGAAGUUGUGUAUGAUGCCGUCUGGGUUCGGCGGGAGCCAAACUCGAAAGGUGACCGGCUGACAAAGCGCGUGAAGGGAGAUCGCCUGCGCAUCUUCGGUUUCGAUGACACGCAGAACUGGGGUCGAGUCCAAGUCAAAGUACGUGAAGGCGAAGUAGAAGGAUGGGUCAUGCUUCAGCACGACGAACUCGGAGAUUUGAUCAGGACCUGCGAAGAUGAAGAGAUGGGCCCUUGA